UAUCAUCACGGGAAUGGGGGUGAAUAAGUACAGUCAUUAAACAUUUAAUUUUAGCUGCACCAGUUCACCAUAUAUAUUUUAUUCACCUUUCUUGACCACGAAAGCUUGUUGGAUUUUUGCGACGGUUCAGAAGAGCAUAUUUGCUGGGCGUUUAUAUUUACUUAUUAAACUGUUACAAUGCCUACAGGGAUAUCUGACCUACCAGAUGAACUUCUUGUGAUAAUAUUUUCCUUUCUGUCAUUUUAUGACAUCGUAAAGAACGUUAAAGCUGUGUGUACUCACUGGCGAGAUUUGGGUGACCGGAAAUGUUUUUGGAAUACACGUGGACUUUUGAAAUGGGUGAAAGAGGCCAAAGACGAACAAGGAUACAUACAGCGUGUCCGCGUGAUAGCAAGACACAUUAAUGAAUUGAAGUACUCAGAUAUAAACGGAGAGGAACCUGAUGAAUAUCUUGCCUCAAACAUUGAAAAGUUUUAUUUGAAAAGGUUCUGUGACCCAUCGCCAUUUCAGUCGAAGCAUAUCAUGGAUAUGUAUGAAGAAUAUAACGGACCUCUCUUAUUUCUCAGAGAAGACAUUCUCUGUCCGAAUUUGAAAGCGAUUUAUACUGUUGAUACAAAUUUAUCUCCGACCUGUUUCCGUAAACUGCUUGAAAAAUAUCCACAUGUAACAAUUAUUUUCUGGGCUAGGAGCCUUUUCUCAGAACUCUGUUCUUAUUUGCCUCCAAUACGACCUUUACCGAAGCUGGUAAAACUAACAGUCGUCGAAGAUCAGAAUACGGAUGACUUUCCAAGGUUUGAAGAUUCCAAUAUUGUUUGGAACCGACAAAACAGGGAUGUUGAAUUGCAGGAUUUGGUGAGCGAACAUCCCGAGUUAGAAAGUUUAAACGCUUCUGUGCGGAGAACAAGUGGGCGCACAAUUAAUACAAUAUUUGAGAAGUGUCAAAACUUACGGAUCUUAAAAAUAAGUGCUUGUAAAACGCACGGAACAGACGAAUUAGAUCUCAAAUCGUCAUUGCCGAUGCUUGAAGAAUUGUCUUUAGAUAGUUUUGACAGGGAUACAAAUGAAAUGAAAAACUUAUUUGUCGCAGCAUGUUCAAGCAAGAAGUUAAAAAAGCUUACUCUUUUGGAUUGUGAGAACAUCACAGAGGAGAUUUACGAGUACAUAGGCAAAAAUUGCCCUCUUUUGAACAAGUUUGCCGCAGCUGAGCGAAAAUUUGAUGAUAGAGAUCUGACCUUCAUUUUGGACCAUUGGGAAAAUACUUUCCUAAACAACAAAGCUCUGGAAUAUUUGUCCAUUUGUAGAAACCUCCAAGAACUAAGCAUACGUUACUCGGAUGAAUCAGCAGUUACCGACGAAGGAAUUAUUGCUCUUUCACGGGGAUGUGUUCAACUGAAGAAGGUUGAUUUUGAGGGAUGUUUAGGAAUCACAGACUAUGGAAUCAUGGAACUGUCUCGGCAUUGCCACGGGCUUUGCUUUGUCAAUCUUUGUCACUGUCGUCAUGUUACAGGAUUUGGAUUUAGUUGUUUGGUUAUGAAUUGUUUAAGAAUUCAGGAAGUUCAGAUGUACAGUUGUCCAUUUGUUGAGAAAGUUGUUCUUUGUAAUAGUCAACGUUUUCCGGAAAUUCCAAUCUCUACUCUGCAUCAAAAUAUUGCAGCAGAGGACAAUAAAUGUGAUUGUUAUGAAGCCUUCAGAUCUGGGAAAACAUACAGCGAAUCAAAGUGCUGUCCUAGAGUUAUUCAAGGUCAAAACGAAAUCAAAAUUAUGUACGGGUUAACAGAUGAAAUGGUCAAGCAAAAGAGUCAAAGAAAUGGAAAUUUAGAAAAUCAAACCACAUCGCAAUCAAACAUUCUAGAUGACUGCAAUGUAUUGAAAGCCUGCAAAACAAUUGAUCUAUUGCAAAUUCCAUUCGACCAUUCCUGGAUACAAAAUCUAGAUUUGUCCGCAUGUAAGAGAAUUUGUGAUUCUGAUAUUUUAAAGCUUUGCAAAUAUUGUCCAGAAAUAAGAAACCUCAAUCUAACAGACAACAACAAAUUAUCUGAUACGAGCAUCAUUGCUCUGGCCAGACACCUAACAUUGCUGAAGGAAUUGGACUUGGAAGGUAUCACAAAGUUGACGAACGCUUCCUUGGCUUGUCUGGUGGAAAGGAGUUUGGAGUUUCUCUCAUUAUCUGCUUGUCCAAAAAUGUCAAUCAUAGCUUUAAAACAAUUUCUUGUGUCUAGCAAAAACUUGCAAAAAGUGAAGCUCCUUCUCAAAAAGGAUGAUCUUUCCGUGGAGCUGAGGCGAGAUACAAUUAGAACUAUGCUUUCCGAAGAAGACUGUGGAUUUGUCAUGGAUCCUGAUGAAUUUUCUUAUUAUGCUACACUUGAAUCUAAAAACAGCAAAUAUGACUAACAUUAAAUGAGACAUGAAAUCUUUGAUAUCGAUUUUACAAAUCAUGAAAUUAAAAAAGACUGAAGAUCUUCAUUCAAAUUCCUCUCUUAAAAAUCAUUGUUACCCUGGUGAAUGGUAAUAAAUUCAGACAACUUAAAGUAGUGAUCGCAAUUUAUCCUUGGAUCAUGAAUUGUUAUAACGUUGUUACGUACUUCUAUAAUUUUCAGAUCCUUGUAUGGGGAUAUUUAAUUGGAUAGCUAUAUAUUUGCUUCAACCAGUUAGGCAUUGGUUUCAUGUACUCUUAAAAAUCCUUGUCUUUAUGUUUGGCAAUCGUUCACUUUUAAAAAAAGUAUUUCCAUCCUUCUGUGACGUCAUAGGUUUUUGUAAAAAAUUUCAAAUAAGAUUAAACUUCUUGCAUUUUGGAAAUCUAUAUUUUGUAAAGGUACU